AUGGCCACACCAACCGGCCAUCGCGGCGAGCGACAAGCACACCCACAACCGCAGAAGCCCUCGCGGUGUUUGAGCAACACACCCACAACAAAAAGCCCUCGCGGCGAGCGACAGACCCACAGCAACAAGCCCUCGCGGCGAGCGACAAACCGACUGCAGAAAGUCAAAUGCCGACAGACCGACAGCAAUAAGCCCUCGCGGCGCUUGAGCGACACACCCACAACAACAAGCCCUCACGGCGAGCGACACAACCACAACCACAACAACAAGAAGCCCUCGCGGCGAGCGACACAACCACGACAAGCCCUCGCGCCAAGCGACAGGCCAACUGCACAACAGCAGCCCUCGCGGCGAGCGACAAACCCAGAAGAAGCAGUCGUCGCAGUAGUAGUGGGUCGACCACAAUAA